AAGGAAUCCCUCUCAUCAGUGUGACCCCGGCCAGCAGGAAUGUCCCAGCCACAGGGUGCCCCAGUUAAGAAGAAGAGGCCUGUGAUGAAGGAGGAAGACCUUAAAGGAGCAAAACACAAGCUGGCCCACCAGGUCCCAAUCAAAUCCAAAACAUACCAGGUUAUGCAGGAGUGUGAACAAUCUGGAACAACAGCCCCUUCUGUGUUCAGCCAGAACAGGACAGGCGGAGAAACAGCCUUUGACAAGCCAAAGGAAGGCCCAGCGAAAAGUGUCUUUGGUUAAUGGCAAAAGAACAUUCAAAUAACUCGGCUGCCCAGCAAGUCAUUUUUGUUCCCACCUUCUACUCAUUGUGCUGCGCACAUCAUGCAGAGUCUUACACUAUAUCCGCGCCAGUCAUUUCACUGUCUGUUAUCUGUUUCUAAGUUACUGUAAGACUUUAUUUCAUUGCUCCUAUGGUCGGGCUGUGCUGCAUUAUCUGAUAUACUUUCAGUAGAGACCCAUUUAUAUGUUUUCUAAACUGGCUCUUCAGUUAUUAAGUCAACAAAGGAGCCAAAUAUGAUUUUUUAGAUUUCCUAUAUAUAAAAUGGAGGAAGUGAAUACAGAAUUUGUAUUUUCUAAAAUCCAAACCCUUACAGGUCCUUAGGCUUUGGCUGGACCAAAUCAGAACACCUCUUUUCGUCAUGUGACUUUACUGGGCUGGGGACCUAAACACAGUCAUAUCACCUACUCCCCAUCAUCAGGGUGAUAUGGUUCAGUCCUGGCAUUUUUCCUAUGUCAACAUAUUAAGGUGGAUUCAGGACUAGACCAUUUCCUGCCUGGUGAGGGAUCACCUGCUUUAAUUGUUGCAUUAAAUGUAAAAUUAGGACUUUUCCCGUUAGGUACUCAUCCCUAACAAACUAAGGGCUGAUAAUCUGAGCAACCUUUAUAGGCUCCAACUGUAGAAUAAAAACGGCGUCCAUAUCUCAAGUAGCCAGUAAUGAUAUUAGAAGACAGAAUAAAGAGAAAGUUGACCUUGUAGCCUUCUAUUCAAUAAGUGAAUGACCUUGUAGGAGCAAUUAGUUAUGAUUGGUCUAUUGACCAGCAGCGACAGCUCGACUUGGCAAGAGAGAUUUACUGUGUUCCAGUUAGUUCUAUGAUUGGUCAGUGUAUAAGGCCCCAACCUAUUCACCCUUCCACACAUUCAGGCUUAGUCCUUGUAGUAACUCAGUGCCACUGGCAUCACACUAGGCUUCUGCUCGGGGUGCUAGAUAGUGUCAGGGUGUAUUAAAUGAAACCUUGUAGAACAGUGCACCCAGUCACAGCAUCACUGAGAAGUAAAUGUGUGUUGUGUAUUAGCCCUGAUCAUUCUUGUGUCGCUAUGUUCUUAUAUGGUUUGUUUUUUUUAAACUUUCCUGGUUUUACAAUUAAACUUGUGAACAAA